GUGGUUAUAAGUCUCUAACCAAAAGAAGAGAGAGAGAAAGAGAGUUGUUAGUGAAACGUUCUCUAGUGUAUUGUUGGAAGAUCUCAAAGAUAUAAACAAAUUAGUUUGACGAGAAUUUACAAGUGCUCAUAAACUGAAACUAACCUCAAAAUGGCGUUACGUACGUACGGUGACAAACCAAUAAGUUUCCAAGUGGAGGAGAAUGGGGAAUACUAUUGCAUCGGAUCGGAAGUUGGAAAUUAUCUGCGUCUAUUUCGCGGAUCUCUUUAUAAGCGAUAUCCUGGCAUGUUCAGGAGAUCCAUAACUAAUGAUGAACGUAAGAAGCUUGUAGAGCUCGGAUUAAGUCAACAUGUACUUGCAUCCAGUGUUUCGCUCUUGAGAGCUAGUGAGGUGGAGGAUAUUAUCGAGGGUAAUGAUGACAAGUACAAAGCUGUAUCCGUGCACUCAACUGAACCACCUGCACCUAGAGAAGGCAAGACCAAAAAGUCGAUGGCUUGGGUCCCCAGUUUGCCAAAUAGUUCACAUUUAGAUGCAGUACCUCAAGCUACACCAAUAAAUCGCAAUAGAGUACACAAUAAAAAAGUUAGGACUUUUCCAUUAUGUUUUGAUGACACGGAUCCAUCAGCAAAUUUAGAAAAUGCAGCGCAACAAGAGAUGCUUGUCCCAAUACGUUUAGAUAUGGAAAUCGAAGGCCAAAAAUUGAGAGAUACAUUUACAUGGAACAAAAACGAAAGUCUCAUAACGCCCGAACAAUUCGCCGAAGUAUUGUGUGAUGAUUUAGACUUAAAUCCAUUAACGUUCGUUCCUGCAAUCGCGCAAGCGAUAAGACAACAAAUAGAAGCAUUCCCUCAGGAAACAAUAUUAGAGGAUCAGUGUGAUCAACGAGUAAUAAUUAAGUUAAAUAUACACGUGGGUAACACGUCAUUAGUGGACCAAGUAGAAUGGGAUAUGUCAGAGAAGGAGAAUAAUCCAGAGAAGUUCGCGAUGAAGCUCUGCGCAGAACUCGGCCUUGGCGGGGAAUUCGUCACUGCUAUCGCUUAUAGUGUACGUGGUCAAUUGUCGUGGCAUCAAAGGACGUACGCGUUUUCCGAGGCGCCACUACCCACUGUAGAAGUUCCCUUCCGACCUCCAUCGGAGGCGGAUCAAUGGGCACCGUUCCUGGAAACCUUAACGGACGCGGAGAUGGAGAAGAAGAUACGUGAUCAGGAUCGAAAUACCCGACGUAUGCGACGUUUAGCGAACACAACACCUGGCUGGUAGAUAAAAUCAGUAAAUAAUACGAUAUGUAAGAGUAUUUAGAAGAGAAACUGCAUAUAAUUUAAUGUUUUUUAAUUGUCAAUCGACGUCAAUCGAAUUGUCAUCUUAUAAUUUUUAGUAUAUAUAUAUAUAUAUAUGGUUCUAUGAUA